AUGCCCAAAGCGUGCAGGCUGGCAGUCCAAUUCUUCCCCACUGCCUGUGGGCAACGAGGGACUUUCGAGGCGCCUCAAAAGUCUGGCCGUCCAUAUCUUCCCCACCGCCUGGGCGACGCACCACUCCCCCUCACCUGGGCGACGCACCACUCCCCCUCACCUGGGCGACGCACCACUCCCCCUCACCUGGGCGACGCACCACUCCCCCUCACCUGGGCGACGCACCACUCCCCCUCACCUGGGCGACGCACCACUCCCCCUCACCUGGGCGACGCACCACUCCCCCUCACCUGGGCGACGCACCACUCCCCCUCACCUGGGCGACGCACCACUCCCCCUCACCUGGGCGACGCACCACUCCCCCUCACCUGGGCGACGCACCACUCCCCCUCACCUGGGCGACGCACCACUCCCCCUCACCUGGGCGACGCACCACUCCCCCUCACCUGGGCGACGCACCACUCCCCCUCACCUGGGCGACGCACCACUCCCCCUCACCUGGGCGACGCACCACUCCCCCUCACCUGGGCGACGCACCACUCCCCCUCACCUGGGCGACGCACCACUCCCCCUCACCUGGGCGACGCACCACUCCCCCUCACCUGGGCGACGCACCACUCCCCCUCACCUGGGCGACGCACCACUCCCCCUCACCUGGGCGACGCACCACUCCCCCUCACCUGGGCGACGCACCACUCCCCCUCACCUGGGCGACGCACCACUCCCCCUCACCUGGGCGACGCACCACUCCCCCUCACCUGGGCGACGCACCACUCCCCCUCACCUGGGCGACGCACCACUCCCCCUCACCUGGGCGACGCACCACUCCCCCUCACCUGGGCGACGCACCACUCCCCCUCACCUGGGCGACGCACCACUCCCCCUCACCUGGGCGACGCACCACUCCCCCUCACCUGGGCGACGCACCACUCCCCCUCACCUGGGCGACGCACCACUCCCCCUCACCUGGGCGACGCACCACUCCCCCUCACCUGGGCGACGCACCACUCCCCCUCACCUGGGCGACGCACCACUCCCCCUCACCUGGGCGACGCACCACUCCCCCUCACCUGGGCGACGCACCACUCCCCCUCACCUGGGCGACGCACCACUCCCCCUCACCUGGGCGACGCACCACUCCCCCUCACCUGGGCGACGCACCACUCCCCCUCACCUGGGCGACGCACCACUCCCCCUCACCUGGGCGACGCACCACUCCCCCUCACCUGGGCGACGCACCACUCCCCCUCACCUGGGCGACGCACCACUCCCCCUCACCUGGGCGACCCACCACUCCCCCUCACCUGGGCGACCCACCAAUCCCCCACACCUGGGCGACCCACCAAUCCCCCUCACCUGGGCGACCCACCAAUCCCCCACACCUGGGCGACCCACCAAUCCCCCUCACCUGGGCGACCCACCAAUCCCCCACACCUGUGCGACCCACCGCCUCCCCUCACCUGGGCGAGCAGGUACGUGAGCAGGCCUCUGUUCCACGGCAGACAGAUGUUCAUCGCCUUAUUUUUUUAG